AUGAGUAAUAUAUGUUUUGUCCUGCAGGUUGAAGUGUUAGACUUACUGUCCAGUGAAGAGAAGGCACAGUUCAUCUUGCAUUCAGGAGUGUUGGCAAAUGACUCUGUGUUUAGAGAGGUGUUUAGCAGUGUGAUCACAUCUUUAGAUCUGAAUCAACUUGGCAGCUUCUUCGAAGCCUUCAGUCAGACUGCAAUACAAAUGAACAUGACUAGCAAUCUUUCAGCAAUAUCAGACACCAUUCUAAACAUGACACUCUUGGAUCUGGUGCCUCACUUCCAAACUUUCAGCCCAGAGGACUUUGCCCUGUGGUUCCAGACUUACCUUUCCUUGUUCCUUCCUGGGAUUAGUCCAAACACCCUGUCCAUCAUCCCCAUGAACAUCAGCUGUGACUCCUACAGAGAGAUAGUUAAAGGACUUGAUAAUGUGUACAGUGACCUUUCUGCCACCCAGUCAAACACGGUCUUCAAUUAUACACAAGACUAUGUCAAGUACCAGUCCAGCCAAGGCCUGAGCUGCUAUGGCACAGGGAGCUUCUAUGUGUUCCUGAAACAGUUGUUCCUCAAUUUUGGAUUCCCUGACCUAAAAGAUUUCCUGUCUCUGAUCCCAGGAGACCGCCUGGCAGAGCUGUUGGGCUCCAUCUCUCUGGAAGAACUCAGUGAGUUUCUGAACAGGCCGGACACAGUCAUUAAUGCUUCUGACCUCUGCACCCUCCUCAACAACUACAAUAGAACCAACCAGUACCUGGAGAUGGAGACUGUCUUGUCCUCAGCUCUGGCCAGCUACACUUUGGAAUGUGUGUUGUCUCGUGCUCUCACUGCCUCAUCUCAGGCUGAGGUAGAACAGUGGUUUGAUGUUACACUGCUUCACUACCUGCCCUACCUCAACUCUCAUCUCAUCAGCUCUGCCCAGCUCAGUGGUGCCUCCUGUCUCUCAUACAGAAAAUUAGUGUCUAUCUUGGGGGACAAUUACAAUUUUUCUGCAACUGAUUUUACCCCAGCUGAUGUGUACAGCUCCAUUACAGUGUAUCUGAACAGCAGCGAUGGCAGCCCCCGCUGCUAUAACUCCUCAGAUCCCCUUCUGAACUCCACUGCCUGGUUUGCUGACAACAUUGGAUUCUUCAUCACUUUCAUCACCCUCACUGAUCUGCAAUCAUUCCUAUCAGGAAACAUGUCAAGUGUGUUCCUGGAGAACUCAGAAAAUCUUCAGCUAUUCAACAACUCAGGCAUUUCCACCAGUGUCUUGGAGUACUACACAAACGAGUUAUACAUCCAGAAUCCUGAUUUCAGCCCACUUGGAUUGCCAGCUGAAUUGCUGUGUCGAUCUCCUGCCUCUGUGUUUGAACGUCUUGGAGAUGAAGACAUCACGUCCAUCCUGAAUCGCAUCAACGACUUCUGCACAGAAAUAAAUCCAGAGGUCACAGCGGUGCUAGUAGCAAAGUUCCCCAAUGUAUCUGCAUCCAUCAUCCAAUCUUUGGGCAGCCAGUGUGUGGGCCUGACUGUGGGCCAGAUAAGCUCCGCCCCCUCCGAUGUGAUAAACAGUUCUCUGUCUAUACUCAGUAGCAUCAAUGGCUGGGACCAGGGCCAAGUCAACUCCAUCAUCCAAAGCAUCAUUAGUGCAGGCUUUACUAUCAGCAGUGCCUCCUCUCUGGAGUCCCUGGGAACACUCAUAGGUGGCGUUCUCUCUGCAAACAUCUCCAUCAUCCCAUCUUCUCAGCUUGUGUCUUUAUCUCAGAAUCCAACAUUCAUCAAUAACAUUAUCUCAGCGCCAGUUAUUCUACAAAAUACAUUUGUCCAGAAGGUAAUCUCUGUAGACCAUUCCAAAGUGUUAGAGAAUGUUCCAGAUGCACUGGUGAUGUAUAUUCCACUUGUUCUACUGACGUCACUGAGCUCUGCUGAUGUUUCACUCAUCAAUAACAAGAGCUGGAAUCAUGAACAGGCUAUGAUGUUGUUUGGUGCAGUGGCCAGUGCCAGUGAUGAUCCAGAAGAUCUGUCAACUUCAAUACUGCAGGGAUUCUCCUGCAGCUCAGUUCAGACUCUCCCACAGCAGAAAGCCAAAGAUCUUGUGAAAGCCUGUAGACCACGUGAAGGCAGAGACAAGGUCCAUCUGAAAGAGGCACAGCUAACCUGCAUGUACAACUACAUGAAAGACGAUCCAUCUGUUAACUUUACUGACAUCCCCUCUGAAAUGCUUCUGUACUACAGCUAUGAGAAGAUACAGAAGGUGAACUGCCAGGCAUAUUUCAGUGCCCUGGGCAGAGCAGAUUUCUCCGUUCUGUCUCUUGGCCUUGACAAAAAAGACAUUCUGUUCAACCAUGCAAAGAACUGCCUGGGUAUAUCCGGUGCGAGUCUGACCAGUCAUCAGGUGGAAGUUCUGGGAAAUAUGGCCUGCACACUAGACUCCUCCUACAUCCAGAACUCUGACCCUCUCAUUCUUGAGAAACUGAAGAACUGUGAAGAUCUUUCUGAUUCUCAAAUCACUGCUGUACAGUUACUACUCCUCAGUGGGAAUACUGCUUAUGGCAAUCCCUCAAUGUGGAAUGAAGAGACCGUGGAGCAACUCAGCAACCUGGCGGUUUAUUUCAAAUCAGACAUCUGCAACAAACUUAGCUUUAAUGUAAAAAGGAAGUUCCUUUCGGUCCUGAGGGAGCAGAAGAUCCCACUGAAGAAGCUAAGGACAUUCUUUACAGAAUGCAACUCAGAAAGCACUACAGUGAGCAACAUCACAGCAGUGACAAUUUCAGACCCAUCAUUUCCUUUUGGCUUUAACUCCACGCAGUUUGAUCUGUAUCUGGACAUCACUGUACUGCAGGACAACCUGGCAGCCAUCACUGAAAAAGUGGUGGACACCAGCCUCCAGACUGUCAUUCUGAACAAGUUAAACCAGAUUUACCCGUCAGGUCUUAAUGACGGUGUACUGCAGCUACUGGGUUCCACUUCUCGUGUGGCCACUACUGAUGACAUUAGCAAGUGGAAUAUUACCAUAAUUGACACAUUGUCCUCCUUGAUGGACUCAAAUGCUGGACACUGGGAAAAAGAAAAGAGUAAAGCGGUGAUUAUGAGGUAUCUGAGCAUGGGAAAUCACUCUCUGGGAAGUGCUGAAAUAAAUGUAGUUGGUUCCAACAUCUGCACUUUAGACAUCAGUGUGCUGGAAAAUAUCACUGCUGAGAGCCUAACGUCAGUCUUGUCUCCAGAUCUGUCCUCAUGUUCCAUCGAACAGAAAUCUGCUCUGUACAUCAUCGCUAACUCUUCAUUCAGCAAUCAACGCAGCAGUUCUACAACUUUCUACCAACUCAUCAGACCUUACCUGGGUGGAGCUCCUGUGAAUGAUAUACAAGCUCUUUCUACCCAGAACAUCAGCAUGGAUAUCACCAUGUUCAAUAGUCUGAAUCCUGCUGUUCUCAAGAUCCUAAAUGUGAGCACAGUGAGGGCUCUAAUGGGGGUAAACCUGGCUGAUCUGAAGCUGUUUGAGAACUCCUCAGUGGUUCAGUCCUGGGUGGCACAACAGAACCAAUCUGAUCUGAACACGCUGAAUCUUGGCAUCAUCAACCACAACCCUUGUUAUGGUGUAGAAAGUCACACUCUUGAUAGCGAGUUUGCAUCUGGAAAUAUUUCUGCAGUAUUGUGCAACUUUAGCAUUCCUGACUAUGCCUGUUCAUCAGUUGCCGUAUUGUCCUCUAAUGAUCUGGUCACACUGCUCACAUGCAAACUGCCAAGCAGCCUGAGCGUCUCUAAAGACGCUUGGAAGCUUUUCUUCCAGAAUUUUUCUGGACCUUUGGAUGACGCCCUGGAGAGCUUUUCAAACGUGACGGACAGCAGCAUUCAGACUGACCCAAAUAUACUUGAUGCCAUCGGGGAGGUGAUAAUCGACAAGUUCACCGCAGCAGAGCUGGUGAAUGCCACUUUCAUCACUGUGUGGUUCCAGAUCAGGCUCCGACCAUUUUUGUCAUCGGUGUCCAAAGAUUUUCUGUCCAGUCUCGGUUCACAAACCUUCAGCUGUGAGACCUACCAGAUUGUGGUGCAAGCUCUCAGCAGUCAAGAAUCUCUCAUGAAGGAGGAGCAGAAGCAGAUGGUCUUUACUUGGUUCAUCUUUCCCUUCCUGUUAAGAAAUGACCUUCCAGACCCUCGCUGUCUUUCCAACACUUCCGGCAGCAACGACUGGCUUGAAAAGAACCUUGGCAGUUUCUCCGAUUAUGCUUCUUUGGAAGUGCUCAAACUUCUAAAUGCAAAUUUCUCUAGCGUUGAAGUGUUAGACUUACUGUCCAGUGAACAGAAGGCACAGUUCAUCUUGCAUUCAGGAGUGUUGGCAAAUGACUCUGUGUUUAGAGAGGUGUUUAGCAGUGUGAUCACACCUUUAGAUCUGAAUCAACUUGGCAGCUUCUUCGAAGCCUUCAGUCAGACUGCAAUACAAAUGAACAUGACUAGCAUUCCUUCAGCAAUAUCAGACACCAUUCUAAACAUGACACUCUUGGAUCUGGUGCCUCACUUCCAAACUUUCAGCCCAGAGGACUUUGCCUUGUGGUUCCAGACUUACCUUUCCUUGUUCCUUCCUGGGAUUAGUCCAAACACCCUGUCCAUCAUCCCCAUGAACAUCAGCUGUGACUCCUACAGAGAGAUAGUUAAAGGACUUGAUAAUGUGUACAGUGACCUUUCUGCCACCCAGUCAAACACGGUCUUCAAUUAUACACAAGACUAUGUCAAGUACCAGUCCAGCCAAGGCCUGAGCUGCUAUGGCACAGGGAGCUUCUAUGUGUUCCUGAAACAGUUGUUCCUCAAUUUUGGAUUCCCUGACCUAAAAGAUUUCCUGUCUCUGAUCCCAGGAGACCGCCUGGCAGAGCUGUUGGGCUCCAUCUCUCCGGAAGAACUCAGUGAGUUUCUGAACAGGCCGGACACAGUCAUUAAUGCUUCUGACCUCUGCACCCUCCUCAACAACUACAAUAGAACCAACCAGUACCUGGAGAUGGAGACUGUCUUGUCCUCAGCUCUGGCCAGCUACACUUUGGAAUGUGUGUUGUCUCGUGCUCUCACUGCCUCAUCUCAGGCUGAGGUAGAACAGUGGUUUGAUGUUACACUGCUUCACUACCUGCCCUACCUCAACUCUCAUCUCAUCAGCUCUGCCCAGCUCAGUGGUGCCUCCUGUCUGUCAUACAGAAAAUUAGUGUCUAUCUUGGGGGACAAUUACAAUUUUUCUGCAACUGAUUUUACCCCAGCUGAUGUGUACAGCUCCAUUACAGUGUAUCUGAACAGCAGCGAUGGCAGCCCCCGCUGCUAUAACUCCUCAGAUCCCCUUCUGAACUCCACUGCCUGGUUUGCUGACAACAUUGGAUUCUUCAUCACUUUCAUCACCCUCACUGAUCUGCAAUCAUUCCUAUCAGGAAACAUGUCAAGUGUGUUCCUGGAGAACUCAGAAAAUCUUCAGCUAUUCAACAACUCAGGCAUUUCCACCAGUGUCUUGGAGUACUACACAAACGAGUUAUACAUCCAGAAUCCUGAUUUCAGCCCACUUGGAUUGCCAGCUGAAUUGCUGUGUCGAUCUCCUGCCUCUGUGUUUGAACGUCUUGGAGAUGAAGACAUCACGUCCAUCCUGAAUCGCAUCAACGACUUCUGCACAGAAAUAAAUCCAGAGGUCACAGCGGUGCUAGUAGCAAAGUUCCCCAAUGUAUCUGCAUCCAUCAUCCAAUCUUUGGGCAGCCAGUGUGUGGGCCUGACUGUGGGCCAGAUAAGCUCCGCCCCCUCCGAUGUGAUAAACAGUUCUCUGUCUAUACUCAGUAGCAUCAAUGGCUGGGACCAGGGCCAAGUCAACUCCAUCAUCCAAAGCAUCAUUAGUGCAGGCUUUACUAUCAGCAGUGCCUCCUCUCUGGAGUCCCUGGGAACACUCAUAGGUGGCGUUCUCUCUGCAAACAUCUCCAUCAUCCCAUCUUCUCAGCUUGUGUCUUUAUCUCAGAAUCCAACAUUCAUCAAUAACAUUAUCUCAGCGCCAGUUAUUCUACAAAAUACAUUUGUCCAGAAGGUAAUCUCUGUAGACCAUUCCAAAGUGCUAGAGAAUGUUCCAGAUGCACUGGUGAUGUAUAUUCCACUUGUUCUACUGACGUCACUGAGCUCUGUUGAUGUUUCACUCAUCAAUAACAAGAGCUGGAGUCAUGAACAGGCUAUGAUGUUGUUUGGUGCAGUGGCCAGUGCCAGUGAUGAUCCAGAAGAUCUGUCAACUUCAAUACUGCAGGGAUUCUCCUGCAGCUCAGUUCAGACUCUCCCACAGCAGAAAGCCAAAGAUCUUGUGAAAGCCUGUAGACCACGUGAAGGCAGAGACAAGGUCCAUCUGAAAGAGGCACAGCUAACCUGCAUGUACAACUACAUGAAAGACGAUCCAUCUGUUAACUUUACUGACAUCCCCUCUGAAAUGCUUCUGUACUACAGCUAUGAGAAGAUACAGAAGGUGAACUGCCAGGCAUAUUUCAGUGCCCUGGGCAGAGCAGAUUUCUCCGUUCUGUCUCUUGGCCUUGACAAAAAAGACAUUCUGUUCAACCAUGCAAAGAACUGCCUGGGUAUAUCCGGUGCGAGUCUGACCAGUCAUCAGGUGGAAGUUCUGGGAAAUAUGGCCUGCACACUAGACUCCUCCUACAUCCAGAACUCUGACCCUCUCAUUCUUGAGAAACUGAAGAACUGUGAAGAUCUUUCUGAUUCUCAAAUCACUGCUGUACAGUUACUACUCCUCAGUGGGAAUACUGCUUAUGGCAAUCCCUCAAUGUGGAAUGAAGAGACCGUGGAGCAACUCAGCAACCUGGCGGUUUAUUUCAAAUCAGACAUCUGCAACAAACUUAGCUUUAAUGUAAAAAGGAAGUUCCUUUCGGUCCUGAGGGAGCAGAAGAUCCCACUGAAGAAGCUAAGGACAUUCUUUACAGAAUGCAACUCAGAAAGCACUACAGUGAGCAACAUCACAGCAGUGACAAUUUCAGACCCAUCAUUUCCUUUUGGCUUUAACUCCACGCAGUUUGAUCUGUAUCUGGACAUCACUGUACUGCAGGACAACCUGGCAGCCAUCACUGAAAAAGUGGUGGACACCAGCCUCCAGACUGUCAUUCUGAACAAGUUAAACCAGAUUUACCCGUCAGGUCUUAAUGACGGUGUACUGCAGCUACUGGGUUCCACUUCUCGUGUGGCCACUACUGAUGACAUUAGCAAGUGGAAUAUUACCAUAAUUGACACAUUGUCCUCCUUGAUGGACUCAAAUGCUGGACACUGGGAAAAAGAAAAGAGUAAAGCGGUGAUUAUGAGGUAUCUGAGCAUGGGAAAUCACUCUCUGGGAAGUGCUGAAAUAAAUGUAGUUGGUUCCAACAUCUGCACUUUAGACAUCAGUGUGCUGGAAAAUAUCACUGCUGAGAGCCUAACGUCAGUCUUGUCUCCAGAUCUGUCCUCAUGUUCCAUCGAACAGAAAUCUGCUCUGUACAUCAUCGCUAACUCUUCAUUCAGCAAUCAACGCAGCAGUUCUACAACUUUCUACCAACUCAUCAGACCUUACCUGGGUGGAGCUCCUGUGAAUGAUAUACAAGCUCUUUCUACCCAGAACAUCAGCAUGGAUAUCACCAUGUUCAAUAGUCUGAAUCCUGCUGUUCUCAAGAUCCUAAAUGUGAGCACAGUGAGGGCUCUAAUGGGGGUAAACCUGGCUGAUCUGAAGCUGUUUGAGAACUCCUCAGUGGUUCAGUCCUGGGUGGCACAACAGAACCAAUCUGAUCUGAACACGCUGAAUCUUGGCAUCAUCAACCACAACCCUUGUUAUGGUGUAGAAAGUCACACUCUUGAUAGCGAGUUUGCAUCUGGAAAUAUUUCUGCAGUAUUGUGCAACUUUAGCAUUCCUGACUAUGCCUGUUCAUCAGUUGCCGUAUUGUCCUCUAAUGAUCUGGUCACACUGCUCACAUGCAAACUGCCAAGCAGCCUGAGCGUCUCUAAAGACGCUUGGAAGCUUUUCUUCCAGAAUUUUUCUGGACCUUUGGAUGACGCCCUGGAGAGCUUUUCAAACGUGACGGACAGCAGCAUUCAGACUGACCCAAAUAUACUUGAUGCCAUCGGGGAGGUGAUAAUCGACAAGUUCACCGCAGCAGAGCUGGUGAAUGCCACUUUCAUCACUGUGUGGUUCCAGAUCAGGCUCCGACCAUUUUUGUCAUCGGUGUCCAAAGAUUUUCUGUCCAGUCUCGGUUCACAAACCUUCAGCUGUGAGACCUACCAGAUUGUGGUGCAAGCUCUCAGCAGUCAAGAAUCUCUCAUGAAGGAGGAGCAGAAGCAGAUGGUCUUUACUUGGUUCAUCUUUCCCUUCCUGUUAAGAAAUGACCUUCCAGACCCUCGCUGUCUUUCCAACACUUCCGGCAGCAACGACUGGCUUGAAAAGAACCUUGGCAGUUUCUCCGAUUAUGCUUCUUUGGAAGUGCUCAAACUUCUAAAUGCAAAUUUCUCUAGCGUUGAAGUGUUAGACUUACUGUCCAGUGAACAGAAGGCACAGUUCAUCUUGCAUUCAGGAGUGUUGGCAAAUGACUCUGUGUUUAGAGAGGUGUUUAGCAGUGUGAUCACACCUUUAGAUCUGAAUCAACUUGGCAGCUUCUUCGAAGCCUUCAGUCAGACUGCAAUACAAAUGAACAUGACUAGCAUUCCUUCAGCAAUAUCAGACACCAUUCUAAACAUGACACUCUUGGAUCUGGUGCCUCACUUCCAAACUUUCAGCCCAGAGGACUUUGCCUUGUGGUUCCAGACUUACCUUUCCUUGUUCCUUCCUGGGAUUAGUCCAAACACCCUGUCCAUCAUCCCCAUGAACAUCAGCUGUGACUCCUACAGAGAGAUAGUUAAAGGACUUGAUAAUGUGUACAGUGACCUUUCUGCCACCCAGUCAAACACGGUCUUCAAUUAUACACAAGACUAUGUCAAGUACCAGUCCAGCCAAGGCCUGAGCUGCUAUGGCACAGGGAGCUUCUAUGUGUUCCUGAAACAGUUGUUCCUCAAUUUUGGAUUCCCUGACCUAAAAGAUUUCCUGUCUCUGAUCCCAGGAGACCGCCUGGCAGAGCUGUUGGGCUCCAUCUCUCCGGAAGAACUCAGUGAGUUUCUGAACAGGCCGGACACAGUCAUUAAUGCUUCUGACCUCUGCACCCUCCUCAACAACUACAAUAGAACCAACCAGUACCUGGAGAUGGAGACUGUCUUGUCCUCAGCUCUGGCCAGCUACACUUUGGAAUGUGUGUUGUCUCGUGCUCUCACUGCCUCAUCUCAGGCUGAGGUAGAACAGUGGUUUGAUGUUACACUGCUUCACUACCUGCCCUACCUCAACUCUCAUCUCAUCAGCUCUGCCCAGCUCAGUGGUGCCUCCUGUCUGUCAUACAGAAAAUUAGUGUCUAUCUUGGGGGACAAUUACAAUUUUUCUGCAACUGAUUUUACCCCAGCUGAUGUGUACAGCUCCAUUACAGUGUAUCUGAACAGCAGCGAUGGCAGCCCCCGCUGCUAUAACUCCUCAGAUCCCCUUCUGAACUCCACUGCCUGGUUUGCUGACAACAUUGGAUUCUUCAUCACUUUCAUCACCCUCACUGAUCUGCAAUCAUUCCUAUCAGGAAACAUGUCAAGUGUGUUCCUGGAGAACUCAGAAAAUCUUCAGCUAUUCAACAACUCAGGCAUUUCCACCAGUGUCUUGGAGUACUACACAAACGAGUUAUACAUCCAGAAUCCUGAUUUCAGCCCACUUGGAUUGCCAGCUGAAUUGCUGUGUCGAUCUCCUGCCUCUGUGUUUGAACGUCUUGGAGAUGAAGACAUCACGUCCAUCCUGAAUCGCAUCAACGACUUCUGCACAGAAAUAAAUCCAGAGGUCACAGCGGUGCUAGUAGCAAAGUUCCCCAAUGUAUCUGCAUCCAUCAUCCAAUCUUUGGGCAGCCAGUGUGUGGGCCUGACUGUGGGCCAGAUAAGCUCCGCCCCCUCCGAUGUGAUAAACAGUUCUCUGUCUAUACUCAGUAGCAUCAAUGGCUGGGACCAGGGCCAAGUCAACUCCAUCAUCCAAAGCAUCAUUAGUGCAGGCUUUACUAUCAGCAGUGCCUCCUCUCUGGAGUCCCUGGGAACACUCAUAGGUGGCGUUCUCUCUGCAAACAUCUCCAUCAUCCCAUCUUCUCAGCUUGUGUCUUUAUCUCAGAAUCCAACAUUCAUCAAUAACAUUAUCUCAGCGCCAGUUAUUCUACAAAAUACAUUUGUCCAGAAGGUAAUCUCUGUAGACCAUUCCAAAGUGCUAGAGAAUGUUCCAGAUGCACUGGUGAUGUAUAUUCCACUUGUUCUACUGACGUCACUGAGCUCUGUUGAUGUUUCACUCAUCAAUAACAAGAGCUGGAGUCAUGAACAGGCUAUGAUGUUGUUUGGUGCAGUGGCCAGUGCCAGUGAUGAUCCAGAAGAUCUGUCAACUUCAAUACUGCAGGGAUUCUCCUGCAGCUCAGUUCAGACUCUCCCACAGCAGAAAGCCAAAGAUCUUGUGAAAGCCUGUAGACCACGUGAAGGCAGAGACAAGGUCCAUCUGAAAGAGGCACAGCUAACCUGCAUGUACAACUACAUGAAAGACGAUCCAUCUGUUAACUUUACUGACAUCCCCUCUGAAAUGCUUCUGUACUACAGCUAUGAGAAGAUACAGAAGGUGAACUGCCAGGCAUAUUUCAGUGCCCUGGGCAGAGCAGAUUUCUCCGUUCUGUCUCUUGGCCUUGACAAAAAAGACAUUCUGUUCAACCAUGCAAAGAACUGCCUGGGUAUAUCCGGUGCGAGUCUGACCAGUCAUCAGGUGGAAGUUCUGGGAAAUAUGGCCUGCACACUAGACUCCUCCUACAUCCAGAACUCUGACCCUCUCAUUCUUGAGAAACUGAAGAACUGUGAAGAUCUUUCUGAUUCUCAAAUCACUGCUGUACAGUUACUACUCCUCAGUGGGAAUACUGCUUAUGGCAAUCCCUCAAUGUGGAAUGAAGAGACCGUGGAGCAACUCAGCAACCUGGCGGUUUAUUUCAAAUCAGACAUCUGCAACAAACUUAGCUUUAAUGUAAAAAGGAAGUUCCUUUCGGUCCUGAGGGAGCAGAAGAUCCCACUGAAGAAGCUAAGGACAUUCUUUACAGAAUGCAACUCAGAAAGCACUACAGUGAGCAACAUCACAGCAGUGACAAUUUCAGACCCAUCAUUUCCUUUUGGCUUUAACUCCACGCAGUUUGAUCUGUAUCUGGACAUCACUGUACUGCAGGACAACCUGGCAGCCAUCACUGAAAAAGUGGUGGACACCAGCCUCCAGACUGUCAUUCUGAACAAGUUAAACCAGAUUUACCCGUCAGGUCUUAAUGACGGUGUACUGCAGCUACUGGGUUCCACUUCUCGUGUGGCCACUACUGAUGACAUUAGCAAGUGGAAUAUUACCAUAAUUGACACAUUGUCCUCCUUGAUGGACUCAAAUGCUGGACACUGGGAAAAAGAAAAGAGUAAAGCGGUGAUUAUGAGGUAUCUGAGCAUGGGAAAUCACUCUCUGGGAAGUGCUGAAAUAAAUGUAGUUGGUUCCAACAUCUGCACUUUAGACAUCAGUGUGCUGGAAAAUAUCACUGCUGAGAGCCUAACGUCAGUCUUGUCUCCAGAUCUGUCCUCAUGUUCCAUCGAACAGAAAUCUGCUCUGUACAUCAUCGCUAACUCUUCAUUCAGCAAUCAACGCAGCAGUUCUACAACUUUCUACCAACUCAUCAGACCUUACCUGGGUGGAGCUCCUGUGAAUGAUAUACAAGCUCUUUCUACCCAGAACAUCAGCAUGGAUAUCACCAUGUUCAAUAGUCUGAAUCCUGCUGUUCUCCAGAUCCUAAAUGUGAGCACAGUGAGGGCUCUAAUGGGGGUAAACCUGGCUGAUCUGAAGCUGUUUGAGAACUCCUCAGUGGUUCAGUCCUGGGUGGCACAACAGAACCAAUCUGAUCUGAACACGCUGAAUCUUGGCAUCAUCAACCACAACCCUUGUUAUGGUGUAGAAAGUCACACUCUUGAUAGCGAGUUUGCAUCUGGAAAUAUUUCUGCAGUAUUGUGCAACUUUAGCAUUCCUGACUAUGCCUGUUCAUCAGUUGCCGUAUUGUCCUCUAAUGAUCUGGUCACACUGCUCACAUGCAAACUGCCAAGCAGCCUGAGCGUCUCUAAAGACGCUUGGAAGCUUUUCUUCCAGAAUUUUUCUGGACCUUUGGAUGACGCCCUGGAGAGCUUUUCAAACGUGACGGACAGCAGCAUUCAGACUGACCCAAAUAUACUUGAUGCCAUCGGGGAGGUGAUAAUCGACAAGUUCACCGCAGCAGAGCUGGUGAAUGCCACUUUCAUCACUGUGUGGUUCCAGAUCAGGCUCCGACCAUUUUUGUCAUCGGUGUCCAAAGAUUUUCUGUCCAGUCUCGGUUCACAAACCUUCAGCUGUGAGACCUACCAGAUUGUGGUGCAAGCUCUCAGCAGUCAAGAAUCUCUCAUGAAGGAGGAGCAGAAGCAGAUGGUCUUUACUUGGUUCAUCUUUCCCUUCCUGUUAAGAAAUGACCUUCCAGACCCUCGCUGUCUUUCCAACACUUCCGGCAGCAACGACUGGCUUGAAAAGAACCUUGGCAGUUUCUCCGAUUAUGCUUCUUUGGAAGUGCUCAAACUUCUAAAUGCAAAUUUCUCUAGCGUUGAAGUGUUAGACUUACUGUCCAGUGAACAGAAGGCACAGUUCAUCUUGCAUUCAGGAGUGUUGGCAAAUGACUCUGUGUUUAGAGAGGUGUUUAGCAGUGUGAUCACAUCUUUAGAUCUGAAUCAACUUGGCAGCUUCUUCGAAGCCUUCAGUCAGACUGCAAUACAAAUGAACAUGACUAGCAUUCCUUCAGCAAUAUCAGACACCAUUCUAAACAUGACACUCUUGGAUCUGGUGCCUCACUUCCAAACUUUCAGCCCAGAGGACUUUGCCUUGUGGUUCCAGACUUACCUUUCCUUGUUCCUUCCUGGGAUUAGUCCAAACACCCUGUCCAUCAUCCCCAUGAACAUCAGCUGUGACUCCUACAGAGAGAUAGUUAAAGGACUUGAUAAUGUGUACAGUGACCUUUCUGCCACCCAGUCAAACACGGUCUUCAAUUAUACACAAGACUAUGUCAAGUACCAGUCCAGCCAAGGCCUGAGCUGCUAUGGCACAGGGAGCUUCUAUGUGUUCCUGAAACAGUUGUUCCUCAAUUUUGGAUUCCCUGACCUAAAAGAUUUCCUGUCUCUGAUCCCAGGAGACCGCCUGGCAGAGCUGUUGGGCUCCAUCUCUCCGGAAGAACUCAGUGAGUUUCUGAACAGGCCGGACACAGUCAUUAAUGCUUCUGACCUCUGCACCCUCCUCAACAACUACAAUAGAACCAACCAGUACCUGGAGAUGGAGACUGUCUUGUCCUCAGCUCUGGCCAGCUACACUUUGGAAUGUGUGUUGUCUCGUGCUCUCACUGCCUCAUCUCAGGCUGAGGUAGAACAGUGGUUUGAUGUUACACUGCUUCACUACCUGCCCUACCUCAACUCUCAUCUCAUCAGCUCUGCCCAGCUCAGUGGUGCCUCCUGUCUGUCAUACAGAAAAUUAGUGUCUAUCUUGGGGGACAAUUACAAUUUUUCUGCAACUGAUUUUACCCCAGCUGAUGUGUACAGCUCCAUUACAGUGUAUCUGAACAGCAGCGAUGGCAGCCCCCGCUGCUAUAACUCCUCAGAUCCCCUUCUGAACUCCACUGCCUGGUUUGCUGACAACAUUGGAUUCUUCAUCACUUUCAUCACCCUCACUGAUCUGCAAUCAUUCCUAUCAGGAAACAUGUCAAGUGUGUUCCUGGAGAACUCAGAAAAUCUUCAGCUAUUCAACAACUCAGGCAUUUCCACCAGUGUCUUGGAGUACUACACAAACGAGUUAUACAUCCAGAAUCCUGAUUUCAGCCCACUUGGAUUGCCAGCUGAAUUGCUGUGUCGAUCUCCUGCCUCUGUGUUUGAACGUCUUGGAGAUGAAGACAUCACGUCCAUCCUGAAUCGCAUCAACGACUUCUGCACAGAAAUAAAUCCAGAGGUCACAGCGGUGCUAGUAGCAAAGUUCCCCAAUGUAUCUGCAUCCAUCAUCCAAUCUUUGGGCAGCCAGUGUGUGGGCCUGACUGUGGGCCAGAUAAGCUCCGCCCCCUCCGAUGUGAUAAACAGUUCUCUGUCUAUACUCAGUAGCAUCAAUGGCUGGGACCAGGGCCAAGUCAACUCCAUCAUCCAAAGCAUCAUUAGUGCAGGCUUUACUAUCAGCAGUGCCUCCUCUCUGGAGUCCCUGGGAACACUCAUAGGUGGCGUUCUCUCUGCAAACAUCUCCAUCAUCCCAUCUUCUCAGCUUGUGUCUUUAUCUCAGAAUCCAACAUUCAUCAAUAACAUUAUCUCAGCGCCAGUUAUUCUACAAAAUACAUUUGUCCAGAAGGUAAUCUCUGUAGACCAUUCCAAAGUGCUAGAGAAUGUUCCAGAUGCACUGGUGAUGUAUAUUCCACUUGUUCUACUGACGUCACUGAGCUCUGUUGAUGUUUCACUCAUCAAUAACAAGAGCUGGAGUCAUGAACAGGCUAUGAUGUUGUUUGGUGCAGUGGCCAGUGCCAGUGAUGAUCCAGAAGAUCUGUCAACUUCAAUACUGCAGGGAUUCUCCUGCAGCUCAGUUCAGACUCUCCCACAGCAGAAAGCCAAAGAUCUUGUGAAAGCCUGUAGACCACGUGAAGGCAGAGACAAGGUCCAUCUGAAAGAGGCACAGCUAACCUGCAUGUACAACUACAUGAAAGACGAUCCAUCUGUUAACUUUACUGACAUCCCCUCUGAAAUGCUUCUGUACUACAGCUAUGAGAAGAUACAGAAGGUGAACUGCCAGGCAUAUUUCAGUGCCCUGGGCAGAGCAGAUUUCUCCGUUCUGUCUCUUGGCCUUGACAAAAAAGACAUUCUGUUCAACCAUGCAAAGAACUGCCUGGGUAUAUCCGGUGCGAGUCUGACCAGUCAUCAGGUGGAAGUUCUGGGAAAUAUGGCCUGCACACUAGACUCCUCCUACAUCCAGAACUCUGACCCUCUCAUUCUUGAGAAACUGAAGAACUGUGAAGAUCUUUCUGAUUCUCAAAUCACUGCUGUACAGUUACUACUCCUCAGUGGGAAUACUGCUUAUGGCAAUCCCUCAAUGUGGAAUGAAGAGACCGUGGAGCAACUCAGCAACCUGGCGGUUUAUUUCAAAUCAGACAUCUGCAACAAACUUAGCUUUAAUGUAAAAAGGAAGUUCCUUUCGGUCCUGAGGGAGCAGAAGAUCCCACUGAAGAAGCUAAGGACAUUCUUUACAGAAUGCAACUCAGAAAGCACUACAGUGAGCAACAUCACAGCAGUGACAAUUUCAGACCCAUCAUUUCCUUUUGGCUUUAACUCCACGCAGUUUGAUCUGUAUCUGGACAUCACUGUACUGCAGGACAACCUGGCAGCCAUCACUGAAAAAGUGGUGGACACCAGCCUCCAGACUGUCAUUCUGAACAAGUUAAACCAGAUUUACCCGUCAGGUCUUAAUGACGGUGUACUGCAGCUACUGGGUUCCACUUCUCGUGUGGCCACUACUGAUGACAUUAGCAAGUGGAAUAUUACCAUAAUUGACACAUUGUCCUCCUUGAUGGACUCAAAUGCUGGACACUGGGAAAAAGAAAAGAGUAAAGCGGUGAUUAUGAGGUAUCUGAGCAUGGGAAAUCACUCUCUGGGAAGUGCUGAAAUAAAUGUAGUUGGUUCCAACAUCUGCACUUUAGACAUCAGUGUGCUGGAAAAUAUCACUGCUGAGAGCCUAACGUCAGUCUUGUCUCCAGAUCUGUCCUCAUGUUCCAUCGAACAGAAAUCUGCUCUGUACAUCAUCGCUAACUCUUCAUUCAGCAAUCAACGCAGCAGUUCUACAACUUUCUACCAACUCAUCAGACCUUACCUGGGUGGAGCUCCUGUGAAUGAUAUACAAGCUCUUUCUACCCAGAACAUCAGCAUGGAUAUCACCAUGUUCAAUAGUCUGAAUCCUGCUGUUCUCAAGAUCCUAAAUGUGAGCACAGUGAGGGCUCUAAUGGGGGUAAACCUGGCUGAUCUGAAGCUGUUUGAGAACUCCUCAGUGGUUCAGUCCUGGGUGGCACAACAGAACCAAUCUGAUCUGAACACGCUGAAUCUUGGCAUCAUCAACCACAACCCUUGUUAUGGUGUAGAAAGUCACACUCUUGAUAGCGAGUUUGCAUCUGGAAAUAUUUCUGCAGUAUUGUGCAACUUUAGCAUUCCUGACUAUGCCUGUUCAUCAGUUGCCGUAUUGUCCUCUAAUGAUCUGGUCACACUGCUCACAUGCAAACUGCCAAGCAGCCUGAGCGUCUCUAAAGACGCUUGGAAGCUUUUCUUCCAGAAUUUUUCUGGACCUUUGGAUGACGCCCUGGAGAGCUUUUCAAACGUGACGGACAGCAGCAUUCAGACUGACCCAAAUAUACUUGAUGCCAUCGGGGAGGUGAUAAUCGACAAGUUCACCGCAGCAGAGCUGGUGAAUGCCACUUUCAUCACUGUGUGGUUCCAGAUCAGGCUCCGACCAUUUUUGUCAUCGGUGUCCAAAGAUUUUCUGUCCAGUCUCGGUUCACAAACCUUCAGCUGUGAGACCUACCAGAUUGUGGUGCAAGCUCUCAGCAGUCAAGAAUCUCUCAUGAAGGAGGAGCAGAAGCAGAUGGUCUUUACUUGGUUCAUCUUUCCCUUCCUGUUAAGAAAUGACCUUCCAGACCCUCGCUGUCUUUCCAACACUUCCGGCAGCAACGACUGGCUUGAAAAGAACCUUGGCAGUUUCUCCGAUUAUGCUUCUUUGGAAGUGCUCAAACUUCUAAAUGCAAAUUUCUCUAGCGUUGAAGUGUUAGACUUACUGUCCAGUGAACAGAAGGCACAGUUCAUCUUGCAUUCAGGAGUGUUGGCAAAUGACUCUGUGUUUAGAGAGGUGUUUAGCAGUGUGAUCACAUCUUUAGAUCUGAAUCAACUUGGCAGCUUCUUCGAAGCCUUCAGUCAGACUGCAAUACAAAUGAACAUGACUAGCAUUCCUUCAGCAAUAUCAGACACCAUUCUAAACAUGACACUCUUGGAUCUGGUGCCUCACUUCCAAACUUUCAGCCCAGAGGACUUUGCCUUGUGGUUCCAGACUUACCUUUCCUUGUUCCUUCCUGGGAUUAGUCCAAACACCCUGUCCAUCAUCCCCAUGAACAUCAGCUGUGACUCCUACAGAGAGAUAGUUAAAGGACUUGAUAAUGUGUACAGUGACCUUUCUGCCACCCAGUCAAACACGGUCUUCAAUUAUACACAAGACUAUGUCAAGUACCAGUCCAGCCAAGGCCUGAGCUGCUAUGGCACAGGGAGCUUCUAUGUGUUCCUGAAACAGUUGUUCCUCAAUUUUGGAUUCCCUGACCUAAAAGAUUUCCUGUCUCUGAUCCCAGGAGACCGCCUGGCAGAGCUGUUGGGCUCCAUCUCUCCGGAAGAACUCAGUGAGUUUCUGAACAGGCCGGACACAGUCAUUAAUGCUUCUGACCUCUGCACCCUCCUCAACAACUACAAUAGAACCAACCAGUACCUGGAGAUGGAGACUGUCUUGUCCUCAGCUCUGGCCAGCUACACUUUGGAAUGUGUGUUGUCUCGUGCUCUCACUGCCUCAUCUCAGGCUGAGGUAGAACAGUGGUUUGAUGUUACACUGCUUCACUACCUGCCCUACCUCAACUCUCAUCUCAUCAGCUCUGCCCAGCUCAGUGGUGCCUCCUGUCUGUCAUACAGAAAAUUAGUGUCUAUCUUGGGGGACAAUUACAAUUUUUCUGCAACUGAUUUUACCCCAGCUGAUGUGUACAGCUCCAUUACAGUGUAUCUGAACAGCAGCGAUGGCAGCCCCCGCUGCUAUAACUCCUCAGAUCCCCUUCUGAACUCCACUGCCUGGUUUGCUGACAACAUUGGAUUCUUCAUCACUUUCAUCACCCUCACUGAUCUGCAAUCAUUCCUAUCAGGAAACAUGUCAAGUGUGUUCCUGGAGAACUCAGAAAAUCUUCAGCUAUUCAACAACUCAGGCAUUUCCACCAGUGUCUUGGAGUACUACACAAACGAGUUAUACAUCCAGAAUCCUGAUUUCAGCCCACUUGGAUUGCCAGCUGAAUUGCUGUGUCGAUCUCCUGCCUCUGUGUUUGAACGUCUUGGAGAUGAAGACAUCACGUCCAUCCUGAAUCGCAUCAACGACUUCUGCACAGAAAUAAAUCCAGAGGUCACAGCGGUGCUAGUAGCAAAGUUCCCCAAUGUAUCUGCAUCCAUCAUCCAAUCUUUGGGCAGCCAGUGUGUGGGCCUGACUGUGGGCCAGAUAAGCUCCGCCCCCUCCGAUGUGAUAAACAGUUCUCUGUCUAUACUCAGUAGCAUCAAUGGCUGGGACCAGGGCCAAGUCAACUCCAUCAUCCAAAGCAUCAUUAGUGCAGGCUUUACUAUCAGCAGUGCCUCCUCUCUGGAGUCCCUGGGAACACUCAUAGGUGGCGUUCUCUCUGCAAACAUCUCCAUCAUCCCAUCUUCUCAGCUUGUGUCUUUAUCUCAGAAUCCAACAUUCAUCAAUAACAUUAUCUCAGCGCCAGUUAUUCUACAAAAUACAUUUGUCCAGAAGGUAAUCUCUGUAGACCAUUCCAAAGUGCUAGAGAAUGUUCCAGAUGCACUGGUGAUGUAUAUUCCACUUGUUCUACUGACGUCACUGAGCUCUGUUGAUGUUUCACUCAUCAAUAACAAGAGCUGGAGUCAUGAACAGGCUAUGAUGUUGUUUGGUGCAGUGGCCAGUGCCAGUGAUGAUCCAGAAGAUCUGUCAACUUCAAUACUGCAGGGAUUCUCCUGCAGCUCAGUUCAGACUCUCCCACAGCAGAAAGCCAAAGAUCUUGUGAAAGCCUGUAGACCACGUGAAGGCAGAGACAAGGUCCAUCUGAAAGAGGCACAGCUGACCUGCAUGUACAACUACAUGAAAGACGAUCCAUCUGUUAACUUUACUGACAUCCCCUCUGAAAUGCUUCUGUACUACAGCUAUGAGAAGAUACAGAAGGUGAACUGCCAGGCAUAUUUCAGUGCCCUGGGCAGAGCAGAUUUCUCCGUUCUGUCUCUUGGCCUUGACAAAAAAGACAUUCUGUUCAACCAUGCAAAGAACUGCCUGGGUAUAUCCGGUGCGAGUCUGACCAGUCAUCAGGUGGAAGUUCUGGGAAAUAUGGCCUGCACACUAGACUCCUCCUACAUCCAGAACUCUGACCCUCUCAUUCUUGAGAAACUGAAGAACUGUGAAGAUCUUUCUGAUUCUCAAAUCACUGCUGUACAGUUACUACUCCUCAGUGGGAAUACUGCUUAUGGCAAUCCCUCAAUGUGGAAUGAAGAGACCGUGGAGCAACUCAGCAACCUGGCGGUUUAUUUCAAAUCAGACAUCUGCAACAAACUUAGCUUUAAUGUAAAAAGGAAGUUCCUUUCGGUCCUGAGGGAGCAGAAGAUCCCACUGAAGAAGCUAAGGACAUUCUUUACAGAAUGCAACUCAGAAAGCACUACAGUGAGCAACAUCACAGCAGUGACAAUUUCAGACCCAUCAUUUCCUUUUGGCUUUAACUCCACGCAGUUUGAUCUGUAUCUGGACAUCACUGUACUGCAGGACAACCUGGCAGCCAUCACUGAAAAAGUGGUGGACACCAGCCUCCAGACUGUCAUUCUGAACAAGUUAAACCAGAUUUACCCGUCAGGUCUUAAUGACGGUGUACUGCAGCUACUGGGUUCCACUUCUCGUGUGGCCACUACUGAUGACAUUAGCAAGUGGAAUAUUACCAUAAUUGACACAUUGUCCUCCUUGAUGGACUCAAAUGCUGGACACUGGGAAAAAGAAAAGAGUAAAGCGGUGAUUAUGAGGUAUCUGAGCAUGGGAAAUCACUCUCUGGGAAGUGCUGAAAUAAAUGUAGUUGGUUCCAACAUCUGCACUUUAGACAUCAGUGUGCUGGAAAAUAUCACUGCUGAGAGCCUAACGUCAGUCUUGUCUCCAGAUCUGUCCUCAUGUUCCAUCGAACAGAAAUCUGCUCUGUACAUCAUCGCUAACUCUUCAUUCAGCAAUCAACGCAGCAGUUCUACAACUUUCUACCAACUCAUCAGACCUUACCUGGGUGGAGCUCCUGUGAAUGAUAUACAAGCUCUUUCUACCCAGAACAUCAGCAUGGAUAUCACCAUGUUCAAUAGUCUGAAUCCUGCUGUUCUCAAGAUCCUAAAUGUGAGCACAGUGAGGGCUCUAAUGGGGGUAAACCUGGCUGAUCUGAAGCUGUUUGAGAACUCCUCAGUGGUUCAGUCCUGGGUGGCACAACAGAACCAAUCUGAUCUGAACACGCUGAAUCUUGGCAUCAUCAACCACAACCCUUGUUAUGGUGUAGAAAGUCACACUCUUGAUAGCGAGUUUGCAUCUGGAAAUAUUUCUGCAGUAUUGUGCAACUUUAGCAUUCCUGACUAUGCCUGUUCAUCAGUUGCCGUAUUGUCCUCUAAUGAUCUGGUCACACUGCUCACAUGCAAACUGCCAAGCAGCCUGAGCGUCUCUAAAGACGCUUGGAAGCUUUUCUUCCAGAAUUUUUCUGGACCUUUGGAUGACGCCCUGGAGAGCUUUUCAAACGUGACGGACAGCAGCAUUCAGACUGACCCAAAUAUACUUGAUGCCAUCGGGGAGGUGAUAAUCGACAAGUUCACCGCAGCAGAGCUGGUGAAUGCCACUUUCAUCACUGUGUGGUUCCAGAUCAGGCUCCGACCAUUUUUGUCAUCGGUGUCCAAAGAUUUUCUGUCCAGUCUCGGUUCACAAACCUUCAGCUGUGAGACCUACCAGAUUGUGGUGCAAGCUCUCAGCAGUCAAGAAUCUCUCAUGAAGGAGGAGCAGAAGCAGAUGGUCUUUACUUGGUUCAUCUUUCCCUUCCUGUUAAGAAAUGACCUUCCAGACCCUCGCUGUCUUUCCAACACUUCCGGCAGCAACGACUGGCUUGAAAAGAACCUUGGCAGUUUCUCCGAUUAUGCUUCUUUGGAAGUGCUCAAACUUCUAAAUGCAAAUUUCUCUAGCGUUGAAGUGUUAGACUUACUGUCCAGUGAACAGAAGGCACAGUUCAUCUUGCAUUCAGGAGUGUUGGCAAAUGACUCUGUGUUUAGAGAGGUGUUUAGCAGUGUGAUCACAUCUUUAGAUCUGAAUCAACUUGGCAGCUUCUUCGAAGCCUUCAGUCAGACUGCAAUACAAAUGAACAUGACUAGCAUUCCUUCAGCAAUAUCAGACACCAUUCUAAACAUGACACUCUUGGAUCUGGUGCCUCACUUCCAAACUUUCAGCCCAGAGGACUUUGCCUUGUGGUUCCAGACUUACCUUUCCUUGUUCCUUCCUGGGAUUAGUCCAAACACCCUGUCCAUCAUCCCCAUGAACAUCAGCUGUGACUCCUACAGAGAGAUAGUUAAAGGACUUGAUAAUGUGUACAGUGACCUUUCUGCCACCCAGUCAAACACGGUCUUCAAUUAUACACAAGACUAUGUCAAGUACCAGUCCAGCCAAGGCCUGAGCUGCUAUGGCACAGGGAGCUUCUAUGUGUUCCUGAAACAGUUGUUCCUCAAUUUUGGAUUCCCUGACCUAAAAGAUUUCCUGUCUCUGAUCCCAGGAGACCGCCUGGCAGAGCUGUUGGGCUCCAUCUCUCCGGAAGAACUCAGUGAGUUUCUGAACAGGCCGGACACAGUCAUUAAUGCUUCUGACCUCUGCACCCUCCUCAACAACUACAAUAGAACCAACCAGUACCUGGAGAUGGAGACUGUCUUGUCCUCAGCUCUGGCCAGCUACACUUUGGAAUGUGUGUUGUCUCGUGCUCUCACUGCCUCAUCUCAGGCUGAGGUAGAACAGUGGUUUGAUGUUACACUGCUUCACUACCUGCCCUACCUCAACUCUCAUCUCAUCAGCUCUGCCCAGCUCAGUGGUGCCUCCUGUCUGUCAUACAGAAAAUUAGUGUCUAUCUUGGGGGACAAUUACAAUUUUUCUGCAACUGAUUUUACCCCAGCUGAUGUGUACAGCUCCAUUACAGUGUAUCUGAACAGCAGCGAUGGCAGCCCCCGCUGCUAUAACUCCUCAGAUCCCCUUCUGAACUCCACUGCCUGGUUUGCUGACAACAUUGGAUUCUUCAUCACUUUCAUCACCCUCACUGAUCUGCAAUCAUUCCUAUCAGGAAACAUGUCAAGUGUGUUCCUGGAGAACUCAGAAAAUCUUCAGCUAUUCAACAACUCAGGCAUUUCCACCAGUGUCUUGGAGUACUACACAAACGAGUUAUACAUCCAGAAUCCUGAUUUCAGCCCACUUGGAUUGCCAGCUGAAUUGCUGUGUCGAUCUCCUGCCUCUGUGUUUGAACGUCUUGGAGAUGAAGACAUCACGUCCAUCCUGAAUCGCAUCAACGACUUCUGCACAGAAAUAAAUCCAGAGGUCACAGCGGUGCUAGUAGCAAAGUUCCCCAAUGUAUCUGCAUCCAUCAUCCAAUCUUUGGGCAGCCAGUGUGUGGGCCUGACUGUGGGCCAGAUAAGCUCCGCCCCCUCCGAUGUGAUAAACAGUUCUCUGUCUAUACUCAGUAGCAUCAAUGGCUGGGACCAGGGCCAAGUCAACUCCAUCAUCCAAAGCAUCAUUAGUGCAGGCUUUACUAUCAGCAGUGCCUCCUCUCUGGAGUCCCUGGGAACACUCAUAGGUGGCGUUCUCUCUGCAAACAUCUCCAUCAUCCCAUCUUCUCAGCUUGUGUCUUUAUCUCAGAAUCCAACAUUCAUCAAUAACAUUAUCUCAGCGCCAGUUAUUCUACAAAAUACAUUUGUCCAGAAGGUAAUCUCUGUAGACCAUUCCAAAGUGCUAGAGAAUGUUCCAGAUGCACUGGUGAUGUAUAUUCCACUUGUUCUACUGACGUCACUGAGCUCUGUUGAUGUUUCACUCAUCAAUAACAAGAGCUGGAGUCAUGAACAGGCUAUGAUGUUGUUUGGUGCAGUGGCCAGUGCCAGUGAUGAUCCAGAAGAUCUGUCAACUUCAAUACUGCAGGGAUUCUCCUGCAGCUCAGUUCAGACUCUCCCACAGCAGAAAGCCAAAGAUCUUGUGAAAGCCUGUAGACCACGUGAAGGCAGAGACAAGGUCCAUCUGAAAGAGGCACAGCUGACCUGCAUGUACAACUACAUGAAAGACGAUCCAUCUGUUAACUUUACUGACAUCCCCUCUGAAAUGCUUCUGUACUACAGCUAUGAGAAGAUACAGAAGGUGAACUGCCAGGCAUAUUUCAGUGCCCUGGGCAGAGCAGAUUUCUCCGUUCUGUCUCUUGGCCUUGACAAAAAAGACAUUCUGUUCAACCAUGCAAAGAACUGCCUGGGUAUAUCCGGUGCGAGUCUGACCAGUCAUCAGGUGGAAGUUCUGGGAAAUAUGGCCUGCACACUAGACUCCUCCUACAUCCAGAACUCUGACCCUCUCAUUCUUGAGAAACUGAAGAACUGUGAAGAUCUUUCUGAUUCUCAAAUCACUGCUGUACAGUUACUACUCCUCAGUGGGAAUACUGCUUAUGGCAAUCCCUCAAUGUGGAAUGAAGAGACCGUGGAGCAACUCAGCAACCUGGCGGUUUAUUUCAAAUCAGACAUCUGCAACAAACUUAAAUGUAAAAGGAAGUUCCUUUCGGUCCUGAGGGAGCAGAAGAUCCCACUGAAGAAGCUAAGGACAUUCUUUACAGAAUGCAACUCAGAAAGCACUACAGUGAGCAACAUCACAGCAGUGACAAUUUCAGACCCAUCAUUUCCUUUUGGCUUUAACUCCACGCAGUUUGAUCUGUAUCUGGACAUCACUGUACUGCAGGACAACCUGGCAGCCAUCACUGAAAAAGUGGUGGACACCAGCCUCCAGACUGUCAUUCUGAACAAGUUAAACCAGAUUUACCCGUCAGGUCUUAAUGACGGUGUACUGCAGCUACUGGGUUCCACUUCUCGUGUGGCCACUACUGAUGACAUUAGCAAGUGGAAUAUUACCAUAAUUGACACAUUGUCCUCCUUGAUGGACUCAAAUGCUGGACACUGGGAAAAAGAAAAGAGUAAAGCGGUGAUUAUGAGGUAUCUGAGCAUGGGAAAUCACUCUCUGGGAAGUGCUGAAAUAAAUGUAGUUGGUUCCAACAUCUGCACUUUAGACAUCAGUGUGCUGGAAAAUAUCACUGCUGAGAGCCUAACGUCAGUCUUGUCUCCAGAUCUGUCCUCAUGUUCCAUCGAACAGAAAUCUGCUCUGUACAUCAUCGCUAACUCUUCAUUCAGCAAUCAACGCAGCAGUUCUACAACUUUCUACCAACUCAUCAGACCUUACCUGGGUAAAGCCACCAUCCACUUACACAGAGAGACUAAACAUACACACUAG